UUUUACUCGACGACGUUACAGUGGCUGUGCAAGCCGACUUGAAAUGUUUGUUCUGAGACAGACUGGCCAUCAUGCGUUUCAACGGAGAGCAUUUGCGACCCUUGAUACCGUUAAAGAGGGCAAGCGCGUAGCUUCAACAGUACCUCCAUGGUCAAGGCGGUUCGAAAUUGAAGACAGGGAUGUGGAAGAUACUGUUGGCGGCCCCGCCCGGCGUACGGUUUGUAUCCGCAUGUCCAAGACGCUCGCAGGCGGGAUGGUUGACGCGUUUGCUAUUAUUCGUGGGGUAGAGCGCAAAUUUGGGCGCAUUCGUGAAUACCGGUUUAUACGGGAUGCAGAAGUGAACUCCGAGUACCAGAUAAUGUGCUGGGCUGCAUUUCAAUCCGAGGACUCGAUGAACCUUAUUCCAGAGCAGGGUAUCACCAUGAAUAUCCCGGCUGCAACGCAAGAUCCUACUAUACCCGAAGGAGGCCCGGGGCUUGAACAACUUCAAGGUUUAUUUGACGUGAAGGAGACAGAUUCUUCCAGUCCCUCAGCAUACUCUGCUGAAGGCCCUUCAACACAGCCGAGAUUGAUUGAACUCAAUGUUCGACGAGCUGCAAGCGACUUGCGUUUUAAUGGAGAUAGCAGGCCAUUGAAUCUCACGAAGAUGAGCAGGCUUGCAAUUGGAAACAACUUCUAUCACUGGGGAGGUUUCUAUCCUCUCAAGCCUCUUUAUACAUCAUCCCCCUUCGCUUCUCCAUCCGAAGAACUACCAACUACUCCAGACCACGAACAAAUGCGCAUUGCGCUGAACAAGUGGAGUCAAAUACUUGGGCGACCCGACCCUUCAUUUUCACAGAUGGAGGCUGCAGCUACAGCAGAAGCACAAGUAGAUACUCAAAAAGAUAUGGCAGCGGAUUCAGAAUCGCCUAGUGAUCCAUCGACACCAACGAUGUUGUCUCAGAAAAGUCGAAGGAGGACUAGACGCCUGGAGGAAUCCUGGAUACCACUAUCGACGCCAGAACCAACAGAACCGGCGCUGCCACCCCCCGACGCUAUAACUCUCAAGAAGCACACAAUUACCAAGACUUCACAGCCUUCGAAGCCUAAGAUUUCGCGCAAAGAACGUCUGCUCGAGCAGGCUCGUAACCAAGCUCGCGAACAGGUCCUGCAGCAGGCUACACUGCGUGCCAGAGAAGCCGAAUCUGCUGGCCUCGAAGAUCCAAAUUCAGAGACACUAAGGGAGAGUGUUGAGGCCCUUACGAAGGAUUCUAAAGUCGAUGCAGCUUCCCCGACCGAUGUGGUGGAUGAAUCUGUGCCUGAAGUCAAGCCAAAGGCAGGAGACAAACCGUUGAGCGAGAGCCAGGUCUCGCCCGCGAAGGAAAAGUUGUGGGGUUUGGUUGGGAAGUGGUUCUGAUCGAUAUUGCCAAUAUAGAGCUUUUCUGCACACACUGUCUUUGCCUAUCAGGGGAGCAGGCCGUUGUGGCACGCGAGUGUCAAGGGUUAGCAGAUGUUAUAUAUUUGCUGUUUACCGGCACGCUUGUAGACCGUCACCAGGCUUCGUCUUGCCGGAGGUGUUCAGACGCGAUUCGGCAAGUUGAUGGUACGACAUUACUAGUGAUAUACGUGCUUAGUACUACUCUCCUGGUGUUGGUUUUUAUUUCACCCAAGUUAACCGAGUUCUGUGGAGUUUCCGCAU